AUGUCUGUAACAUUAUUACUUAUAUGUCGUCGUUCAUUAAACUUACCACACUUAUCAUCCGGAAAAUCAACACUCCUACGUCCACUUUAUUUUUCUUCGACAAUAUUUAGUGUACAAUCAUCGACAUUAAAAUCAAAAUAUGGUUCAUUAAAACCUGCAUCACCUGAUAAUCCAUUUCGUGAACCAACUGAUGAAAAAUCUCGUCGUCUUAAAUUACAAGAACAUAUACGUUUUCGAGAAAAAUUUCAAUUAGGAAAUGAAUAUGAAUUAGUCUAUGCUAUGCCUAGACAACGAAUGUAUAGUUUAAUGCAUUUAUUAUGUACAUGUGCUAGUAUAACAAUGUUUUCUUUUAUUGCAAUACACUUUUAUCGUGAUGCGCUUGAUCUGGAACCAUUAAUAACUGCUACUAAUCAACAAAUACCACCCUAUAUUUAUGAUUCAAUUGCAGCAAUGAUUGGCACAGUUUUUGCAACAGUAUUAUUUCUUAUAUCUCGAAUGCCAGUUCGAUUGUAUUAUUCACCUGUUCGUCAUUCAUAUGCAUUAUUUUAUCAUCCAAUGAUAGGUGUACUUCGACAAAAGAAAAUUUCAUUUAAUAAUAAUCAAUAUAGUAUAAUUCCACAAGAGUUAGACAGUAUUCAAUCAGCAGAACGAUCAAUAAAACUUCAUAUUGAUUUUGGUCAAGGUUUAUUUAGAUUAAAAAAUAAUUUCUAUUUAAUUGAGAAUUAUUUUCGUUCAAAAAAUGAUAUACAUAGAAUUAAAACAAAAGAUAGUCAAGCUGAAAAAACAAUGAAUAAUGAAAAAGAACAAACUCAAGAAGACGAAAGUGAUAUGUGGCAAACAGUCGUUGAACGAAAAGAUCAACCUAGUAAUAAUAAUACUCAACGAUCAAGACAGAAAAAGACUUUUAUGUAA